AUGGGGACAGAUGUCUUACUCCAACUGGGCAUUAUUUUUUUCACCCUAGGCAUCUUCUACGCCCUGCACAGCCUCCCCAAACGGGCACUAACCAAGCUCCGGUCCAAGGCCCGGCCUAACACCCAAAUCCACCGCCACUUCAUUCAGGGAGCUCAAUUCCUAUCACGAGCCCGAUCCUCUAAAAACAAAUCCACCGCCUUCAACCUCGCUAAAUCCGCCGCCAACGAGGCAGACAAGGCCUUGGCCCUCGAGCCGAAAGAUCCCGCAGCGCACAUUCUCAAGGCCAUGGCACUGGAUCUUAUGGGCCACAAGAACUCGGCCCUCAAAUCGUUGGACUCAGCGCUGUCGCCACCGGCAGUGAAGAUGUUGGCGGACAGAGAAAGAGGGGAUGCGUUGUUUAAGAGGGCCCAGUUGCAGGUGGGUUUGAAUCGGAAGAGGCGAGUUGACUCGGCAAUUGAUGACCUGGUGGAAGCCGUGAGGCUGAGUGGCGAUAAUGCUAAGGCCUUUUGCUUGUUGGGCCAGUGUUAUGAAAUGAAGGGCUUGAGAGAAGACGCUAAAAAGGCUUUCCAAGAUGCCCUGAGUGUUGAUCCCCAAUCAAAAGAAGCCCAUGAUGGUUUGGACCGAAUGGGCUUUUAA